UUGUCCUCGGCCCGAGGAUCAGGUUUAUCGCCCUCCAUCCAAUAUUAGCGCUGCUUGUGCGAAUGCGACUCCCGGUCUUCUUCCAAACCAAACCCUAGGCUGUACGGUUUCCCUCUCUCUCACUCUCUCGCUCACAGAGAUUUCCAGAUGGUGGAAGCUGUGAAAAUGCCGCAGCCACUACCAGCUCCGCAGCCGCUUUCGGCUCCUUCAAAACCUCGUGUACCGGAGCACUUUUUGUAUAAGAACCGGUUACAAGAAUACUCUCAAAGCUUGGGCAUUACUCUUCCGGUUUAUCACACAAUCAAUGAAGGAUCUCAACAUGCACCGAGAUUUAGAUCUACCGUCAUGAUUGAUGGGGCAACAUACAGGUCAGCCUACACGUUUAAUCAUCGAAAAGCUGCGGAACAGGAUGUUGCUAAGCUUGCGCUUGAGCAUGUUUCCAAAAGAGUAGUAGAACGGGUGUUAGUAGAUGAUGGGUGCCCCCUAAUUCGUGAGGAUCCAGUGUUUUGCAAAUCUAUACUCUAUGAGUAUACAGUGAAGAUGAAGUUAGAAAAGCCAACAUACAACACUUCUCAGACAGAAGGUGGCCUACUUCCAGUCUUCGUGUCGUCUUUGACCUUUGAUGGUAAAAGUUACACCGGUGCGGCAGGGAGAAAUAAGAAAGAGGCUGAACAAAUGGCAGCCCGUGCUGUUAUUCUGUCAAUUUUAGGUAACUCAGGGUCAAAAGCUCUUUUGUCCCAAAUCAUAAAAUCCAAGAUGAAACUCUAUGCUGCAUUGCAUAAAGUCAACGGGUCUAGCCCUGCUCACAAUACAAAUCUGGUCAUCGGAGGACAGCCGGAGAUCAGGUCAGAGGACCCUUUGAGCAAAGGAAAGGAUAUUGAGACAGCCUCAGCAACUGGCAGCCUAGUCCCAGUUCAAGCUCCAUUAGAGCUUAAGAAACCAAAGCAGGAGGCAGUUUGUGAAGGUAGUUCUGUUCCAAUUGGAAAUCCAAUACCAGUGUUGAAUGAGAGCCUAGCUGUUCGCCCAGCAGAAUCUAUUAGGGCAUGCGGAACUAUCUCAAAUGAUACACAUCUUGUACAUCACAACCAACCGGGAAGUGUGAUUCCAUCUGAUGCUGAAGUCCCUUUUGACGCUCAGGAGAUAGCGGUUACAGGUCCUGCAAGAAAGCGACGUAAGAGGAACAAAAAAGGAAAACAAGUGAAGAAAGUUCGCAAUGAUGACCAAGAGGUUAUAAACUGCACUCCACUUCAGGCACAUCCAGCGUCAUUCCCAUAGGCUUGCAAGUAUGGAUCAUAUGCCUUGUCUUUCUUGUAUCUUUUAUAGAAAGAAGAUGGUCUUCGGGCCCUCCUUCAGAUUGGGUUUCCUGCUGACAUAUUGUACUUCAUCUAAUAUGUAGUGCUUUCUGUUUCUUUAUGGGAUGCAGUGGCAAUACAUCAGAGAUUCUCUAUAAGUUUGAUGAUCUCAUUUCUGUAGGUUUCUGUGA